AUGGAUUCCUUACCAGAUCUUAACCAAAUCAAAACCAUCACAAAAAAUGGUGGAAGGUUGAAGGAAGAAGAUGAGCAAUUGAGUCCCAUGGCUCGCUUGUUCCAUGAGCCAGGGUCCAAUGUCUAUAUCAUUUCCAUGCUCGGUUGCAAGACCAAGAUCGACCCUCAUGUCGUCAAACAAAAUCUUCUUCAUUCACUCGUUCGUCAUCCUCGAUUCUCAAGCUUACAGGUCGUGGACGAAGAAACCAGGGGUAUUCGAUGGGUUCCGACAAACGUGAACAUAGACAACCAUGUUAUAGUCCCCGAGCUGGAUCCAAACAUCGCUUUUCCAGAAAAAUUUGUCGACGACUACAUCUCAAACCUCAGCAAAUCUCCCAUCGAGAACUCGAAACCCUUAUGGGAUCUCCACCUUCUCGACAUCAAGACGAAUGAUGAUGAAGGGACGGGAGUUUUCCGGUUCCACCAUUCCUUAGGCGACGGCUUGUCUUUGAUGACACUUUUGCUUGCUUGUACACGCAAGUCAUCGGAUCCUGACGCUUUGCCGACGCUUCCAAUCACUAAAAACUCCGGAUACAUCAAAUUCACUAGGGUUUGGUCGGUUUUAGAAGUGUUAUGGAACUCCAUUGUUGCGGUUGUGAUGUUCGUGUUGACGGUGUUGUUUCUUAAAGACACCAAAACGCCAUUAAAAGGCUCCAUCGGCGUCGAGAAUAGACCAAGGCGUUUUGUUCGCAAGAGCGUAAACUUAGCCGACAUUAAGGUGGUGCGGAAUGCCAUGAAUGUGACGCUCAACGAUGUAGUGCUUGGAGUCACUCAGGCAGGUUUAUCACGAUACCUGAAUCGUAGAUACAUUUCAGGUGAAAGCGGGAAUGAUAACGAGACAUAUGACCGUAUGAAAAAUGACAUCAUCCCGAAAAACAUUCGCCUUCGUGCCACCUUCUUUUUUAACCUCAGAGCAACCACCACGAUCGACACUCUGGUUGAAACAAUGAAAACCGGAACUACGGGUAGAUGGGGCAACCAGAUCGGGUACGUGCUUCUACCGUUUACAAUUGGACUCAAACAUAACCCCUUAGAUUACGUAAAGGAAGCAAAGGCAGUUAUCGAUCGCAAGAAAGCCUCUUUUGAACCUUUGUACACUUAUUUUGUUGUUUACUUGGUUCUCAAGUUGUUCGGCAUUAAGGCCGUAGGGAAACUAAACCACAAGGUUUUCUUUAAUACAACCUUAUGGUUCACCAAUGUGCCCGGACCACAACAAGAAGUCACAUUUUAUGGACAUGAAAUCAGUUACAUUGCUCCUAGCUGUUAUGGACAACCUAAUGCGUUAAUGAUUCAUGUGACGAGUUAUGUGGAUAAAAUGAUGUUUGUGAUAUCAGCAGACGAAGAAACCAUACCAGACCCUCAACAACUAUGUGACGAUCUUCAGGAAUCCCUUCACCUCAUCAAGACUUCCGUUUUAGAAAUGGAAAGCGAUAAGACCAAGUAGAAUUGUAUUACAUGAUAUAUGUCUUGUGUUUUUGUCUAGAAAUAUAUGACAUUAUUUUUAAUAAGGUGUCUUGUAUUAUAUAAAACCUUGUUCAGUGUAAUAUGUAAGUUAUCAGUUUGUGAGG